CCUGUGAUUUUCAUCAGUCCUUACCUUGAACAUGCCCCUCCAAUACUUUCUCCCUUUUCUUUAUAUUUCCUUUCUCUUCACCUAUUCCCCCGCCUUUGGCUUUGAACAUAAUGUCAAGCCUCACUGUCCCCCUGAUAAAGAAGUCUGUGAGUUUGAUUGGGUGGUUGAUUAUGUGGAAACGAUGAUCUAUUACGAGGACAGGGGUGCUGGACACCCUAUUGUUGUCCGGAACGGUUCCCUGUACCAACGAUCCAGCUGCAAUACUUAUAUUCCAAUUGACAUCAGUAAAGAUUCUGAAAAAGCAAUAUUCGCAGAUGGGUCUUAUAAACUGAUUUAUGGAAUAAACGGACACUAUCCGGGCCCUUCUGUUGUUGUUUAUGAAGGUCAACAGGUGGUGGUGAAUCUGAAGAACAACCUACUGAUGGAGGGACUGACCAUACACUGGCACGGCAUGGUACAAUGGCAUACCCCCUGGAUGGACGGGGUGGGAACUGUGUCCCACUGUCCAAUAAACCCCGGGGAAACCUUCCAAUACAGGUUUUUGGCCGACCCUCCGGGUACUCACUGGUACCACUCACACCUAGGCACGGAGCGUACAGACGGCCUGUCUGGGGCCCUAAUUGUUCUUCCCAAACCAGAAAAAUUGGAGAACUUAAGAGAUGAUUUGCCUGAAUUAUCCGGGGAUUUUGUGAUGGUCGUCACGGACUGGAAGCUAGAUGCUUCCAUCGAGACCAAAAGCGAGGCAGACUGGGGUCUUAAUCCAUUCUCAUACGGAUUCAACGAAACUAAAUGCUACUCGAUCACGUUAGACGCAACGGGUGGAGCUGUUGGUCUCUUUCCAUUUGAGUCUGCACUUAUAAACGGAAGGGGCAAUCACUACCUGAACAAAGACAACCCGGAACAACCAGAUAUACCCGAACUUCCGACGGAAACAUUCGUCGUCAGCCGUUACGGUUACUACAGAUUUAGAGUCAUCAAUACCGGUAUGCUGUUUGCCUUCCGAAUUUCUGUUGAUAAGCAUGAUAUUCAAAUCAUCUCUGUCGACGGUAACGACGUCGUUAUGACCAGUGCUGAAUCCGUCAUCGUACAUGGUGGCGAGAGAGUAGAUUUCAUCAUCUUGGCGUCAGAAGACAUUGGCAACUACUGGGUGCGCGCGCAAAGCAUAGAGGAUACCAAUAGCGAAGGGCCGGUUGUUCAAGACACAGCUCUGGCUGUGUUAAGGUAUAAUGGUUCACGCGAAGUUCAACCAAAAACACACAGGUACGAGUGUCGGCCCAAAGAUCCAUGCAGAGUAGUCAACUGUCCUUUUGGCCAAUAUCCGGACAGCUACAGUAUUACCUGCGUCGCCGCCUCGGACCUUAAAUCUACCUCUGCGCAGAUAAAGGCACAUCCGGUUCCAGUAGCUUCGUCACCUACGGAGUUCCAGGAAAUAUUUUUGAAUUUCCACUUCUCAUCAACAGCAAAGGUUCCUUUUACCACUGCAGUGAACGGUCACGUCUUUGUUCCACCCACCUCACCACCUCAGAUUUAUCCAAAGCAAGAAAAUACGACAACCUCCUGUGAGUCUUUAAACUGCACGGACCACUGCAAGUGCACGUACAUUGUCAAACUGGAAAAAGAUAAAACCGUGCAGAUUGUGUUUCUGAACAUGGACGAUGCUCCGUUCGGAAUGCCUCAUCCAAUACACAUGCACGGUCAUCAUUUCCACGUUCUCAAGACAGGAUUCCCUCACUAUAAUUCUACGACAGGGGAAAUACUAGAUAGAAACAGAGACAUUAAAUGCAGCACUAAGAGUUGCAAUGGCGCUUCCUGGAGAAAUGAGGAUUGGAACUUUGGAAAUGUUCCCGGACUGAAUCUGGAAAACCCCCCACAAAAGGACACGAUAGCUGUUCCAAGAAACGGAUACGUCGUCGUCCGACUGAAAGCUGACAAUCCAGGAUAUUGGUUUAUGCACUGCCACAUUGAGAUCCACCAAAUAGCAGGCAUGGCAGUGCUGCUACAGGAGGGGGACACCUCAGACAUGGAACCAGUUCCAGAGGGUUUCCCCACCUGUGGGAGCUUCCAGAUGUCAGAAAAGGAGUUCAAGCAGUAUCUGACCCCAGAGGGUGCCAGGAAAAGGGAGAAAAAGCAGACGAGACCCAGCGACGUCCUGGUGGAAGAGGUGGAUUAUCAUGUAGUGGAUUACAUACCUGUUGUUAUAGACAAACCAUCUGACCCGUCCUCAUCACGAGAGAGCGGGACCAUCUCCCGGAAGUACCUCCACUCGGCUUAUCAUCAUAGACACCACGUGAUUCUAAUAGCCUUACUGGGUCUCUCACUCCUGUUGAACUUAGUUUUCAUCAGCUUUUAUCUCUGUAAAAAGUUUCGGCGAUCAUCUACAUUGGAAAAACUUUCUCAGAAAAAGGCGACUUUAAUGGACAAUUUGAUUACGGGAAAUUUGAAACACUCUGAGUCCAAACAACGCCUAGUUUGAGUAACCAUUGACUUGUUAUCAGAAUUGUUUAAUCAUUUGCCUUGAUAAUUGAUAGUAUACUAUCUGAAUCUGAGCAUGUACCUGAUAUUCAAACUCAGGGGAAUAAAAAGACUGUUGUAAAAUAUA